CUUUGCCUGCAUUUUUCAAGGAAGGAUUGAAGAACAGAGAAGCCACAGAUGGUGCUACAGCCACGCUGCACUGCGAGCUGAGCAAGGUCGGUGUCCCGGUAGAGUGGAAAAAAGGGGACAAGACACUCAAACCGAGUGAUAAGUAUAGGAUGAGACAAGAAGAUACCACUGCAGAGCUGUUGAUCCGAGAUCUGGAGGUAGAAGAUACAGGAGAAUAUACCUGUGUGUGUGGCGAUCAGAAGACCUCAGCUGUUUUGACAGUCCAUGCUUUGCCUGCACUGUUCAAAAAAGAACUGGUCAAUACGGAAGCCACAGAAAACGGGACGGCUGUUCUGCAGUGUGAGCUAACUAAACCCACUCCGGUGGAGUGGAGGAAAGGGCAAAAGGUGCUCAAGCCUAGUGAGAAGCACAAAAUGAGACUGAAGGAUACCAUUGCUGAGCUGACAAUCCAUAGCCUGGAGGAACAAGAUGCGGGAGAUUACACGUGCGUGUGCGGAGACAAGAUGACUACUGCAUCCCUGACAGUGCAUGCCCUUCCUCUGCGUUUUAAAAAAGAGUUGAAGAACGUGGAAGGCCCAGAAAAUGGCACAGCCACUUUCUGCUGCGAACUGAACAAGCCCGCAGCUGCCGUGGAGUGGAGGAAAGGAGACAGAGCCCUGGAGCCAGAUGACAAGUUCACCAUGAGAUGCCAGGGCACGAUUGCCGAGCUGGUGAUCCGUGGUUUAGAUCUGACAGAUGCUGGCGAUUACACGUGCUCUUACGGAGAUCAGAAAACCACCGCUGCGCUAAAAGUGAAUGCCUUGCCUGCACAUUUCAAGAAAGAGAUGAAGAAUGAAGAAGCCACAGAAGGUGGAACAGCCACGCUACAAUGUGAGCUGUCUAGGGCUGCCUCUGUGGAGUGGAAAAAGAAACACAAAGUGCUCAAAUCGAGUGAAAAAUAUACUAUGAGACAGGAAGGUACUACAGCACAACUGCUGAUCCAUGCUUUAGAAGUCAGGGAUGCUGGGGAGUAUACCUGUGUGUGUGGAGAUGUGAAGACUACUGCAGCACUGACAGUGCACGCCCUUCCUGCUCUCUUCAAAGAAGAGUUAAGAAAUGAGGAAGCCACGGAGGGUGAAGUAGUCACUCUGCACUGUGAGCUGACCAAGACUGCUUCAGUGGAGUGGAAAAAAGGACACACAGUACUCAAACCUAGCGAGAAAUACAAAAUGAGGCAGAAGGAUGCCACUGCAGAACUGGUGAUCCAUAAUCUAAAUGAGAGUGAUGCUGGUGAUUAUACCUGCGUGUGUGGGGAUAAGCAGUCCACAGCUUCCUUAGCAGUACAUGCGCUGCCUGCACGCAUCAAGGAAAGCCUGAAGGACAAGGAGGUAACAGAAGGUCAAGCAGUCACUCUGCUCUGUGAGCUGACCAAGGUUGCUCAAGUAGAGUGGAGAAAGGGAAGCAGUUUGCUGAGAGCCAGCGACAAAUACAAAAUGAGACAGGAGGGCACGGUCGUGAAGCUGCUUAUCCAUGACGUAGAAUUGAAAGAUGCUGGAGAAUACACUUGUGUGUGUGGAGAACAGGAGACAACAGCUGCCCUGAUAGUGCAUGCCCUGCCUGCACUUUUCAAAGAAGACCUGAAGGACCUGCAAGCCAUGGAAAGCCAAACAGCCACUCUGCGCUGUGAGCUGACCAAGGCUGCAGCUGUGUCAUGGAAGAAAGGGAAUAAAAUACUCAGGACAAGUGAAAAAUACAUCAUGCGGCAGGAUAAUGCCCUUGCCGAGCUGGAAAUUUGUGAUCUAGAGCUGCAGGAUGCAGGAGAUUACACCUGUGUGUGUGGAGACCAACACACCACGGCUUCUCUGACAGUGAAUGCCCUCCCGGUGCUUUUCAAGGAAGAACUGAAGAAUGAAGAAGUCCAAGAAGGAGCAUCAGUCUCUCUGCGUUGUGAAUUAACCAAAGCAGCUCCAGUGCAGUGGCAAAUAGGGUCCAAAGUGCUCAAAGCAGGUGACAAAUAUCAAAUGAGACAGCAUGGCACCACUGCAGAGCUGGUCAUUCAUAACCUAGAAGUAAAAGAUGCUGGAGAUUACACCUGUGUGUGUGGUGACCAGAAGACAACAGCAACCUUAACAGUUCAUGCUCUGCCACCACUCUUUAAGGAAGAGCUAAAGAACAAGGAAGCAGAAGAAGGUGGAGAAGUCGCCCUACGCUGUGAGCUCACCAAGGCUGCUCCGGUGAAGUGGCGGAAGGACCAGAGGAUUCUCAAAGCGAGUGAGAAAUACAAAAUGAGGCAGGAAGGGACCAAGGCAGAGCUGGUGAUUCAUGAAAUAGCUGAGGAGGAUGCAGGAGACUACACCUGUGUGUGUGGAGAACACCAGACUACAGCUAUCUUAACAGUCCAGGCUGUGCCCCCGUUUUUCCGAGAAGAAAUGACCAGCAAGGAAGCAGUAGAAGGUGGAACGGCCACUUUGUGCUGUGAGCUCAGCAAGGCAUCUGCCCGUGUUCAGUGGAAGAAGGGCCAUCGCGUCCUCUCCUCGGACAACAAGUACAGCAUGAGACAGGAAGGCUGUGUUGUGGAGCUGGUAGUUCACGAUUUAGACUUGGAAGAUGCUGGAGAUUAUACCUGUGCGUGUGGAGACAAGACCACCACAGCUGCAUUAACAGUGCAUGCACUGCCUCCAGAAUUCAAAAAAGACCUGAAGGACCUAGAAGCUGUAGAAAAUGGGACAGCUACUCUGCACUGUGAGCUAACUAAACCUGCUGUGGUGGAGUGGAAGAAGGGGCAGGAGGUGCUCAAAGCAAGCAGCAAAUAUAAAAUGAGUCAAGACGGUGCUGUUGCAAAACUGAUUAUCCAUGAGCUGGAUGUGGAGGACACUGGAGAUUACACCUGCGUGUGUGGAGACCAGCAGACAACAGCCACACUGACAGUCAAUGCCCUACCAGCACUUUUUAAACAAGAGCUUCAGAAUACCGAGGCAGAAGAAGGUGGUACAGCAACACUGAGGUGUGAGCUUACCAAACCCAAGGCUCCAGUAGAGUGGAGGAAGGGAGAUACUACUCUCUACCCUGGUUUGAAAUACGAGAUGAAGCAGCAGGGCUCCACUGCUGAAUUGGUCAUUUAUGACUUAGAACUGGAUGAUUCAGGAAAGUACACCUGCGACUCUGGACAUCAGCAGACAGCAGCUGUGGUCACCGUACAUGCACUGCCUGUCACAUUUAAGCAACCCCUACAAAAUAAGGAAUCAGAGGAAGGAAGUACAGCUACAUUCUGCUGUGAGCUGUCGAAACCCAAUGCUGCAGUGGAAUGGAGGAAAAGAGGAGUGGGGCUGCAGCCCAGUCAGAAAUAUGAAAUGAGGCAGAGGGAGUGCCUGGUAGAGCUUUUAAUACAUAAUCUCAAAUUAGAAGAUACAGGAGAAUACAGCUGUGAUACUGGGGAUCAAGAAACCAAGGCAUCUUUAAAUGUGAAAGCUCUGCCAGUUCUUUUCAAAAAGGAGCUCGAGGACAAGGAGGUGGAAGAAGGAACUGCGGUGAAAUUCCAGUGUGAGCUGACAAAGGAUAAUGCAACAGUGGAAUGGAGGAAAGGCACGAUGGAGCUCUUCCCAUGUGCCAAAUAUGAAAUUAAAUUAUGUGGUCGCACAGCUGAACUUGUGAUUCAUAAUGUAGAACCAGAAGAUACCUCUGAUUACACGUGUGAUACAGGAGACCAGCAGAGCACAGCAGUCCUCAGAGUGAAUGCCAUCAAACCCCGGCUGAAGCAGCAGCUGAAGAACGAAGAAGUGGAAGCGGGAGGAACGGCCAGGCUGCGCUGUGAGAUUUCCACUAGCAAAGCAGAAGUGGAGUGGAGGAAAGAUGGAGUCGUCCUUCACUCGAGUUCCAAGUAUGAAAUGUGGCAGGACGGCACCCUCCGCGAGCUGCGUGUUCAUUGCCUGGAGCCUAGCGAUGCUGGAGAGUAUUCCUGCAAGGCUGGAGAUGAGAUGAGCUCUGCAAAACUGACUGUGAAAGAGCCUGACGUGACCAUCGUGAGUGGCCUAAAGGACAUGGUGGUGUUUGAAGGGGACGAUGUCACGUUUCGAUGCCAAGUUUCUCAUGAAAACGCAAGGGAUGUUGAAUGGAAGCUACAGGAUGUUGCUCUGCAAAAUAAUGAAAUGAAUGAGAUCUCAGUGGAAAAAGGAAAGAUUCACACCCUGACGUUAAGGAAGGUGACUGAGCAGGACAUUGGCACCAUCACUUUCCGAGUGGGACCCCACGUGUCAACGGCGGAGCUCACGGUAAAAGAACCAGCAGCGACCAUAGUGGAGACGCUGAAGGACAUCACUUUGUAUGAAGGAGAAGACGCAGUGUUUGAAUGCAAGCUGUCCCGGGAAACAACUCAGGAUGCCCAGUGGUUCCUGGGGGAUGUUCCCCUGCAAUCCAAUGAAAUGAAUGAGAUCAGAGUCCAAGGGACACGUCACACUUUGAUCCUGCGGAGGGUGACACUAGACGACUGUGGGCCCAUCAGUUUCAAAGUUGGGCAGCAUACCUCAGCAGCACAGCUGACGGUCCAAGCCAAGAACAGCAUUGUCCAGGGCUUGGAGAAUGUGGAAGCUGUGGAAGGAGGAGAAGCUCUGUUUGAAUGCUAUCUUUCCAAGCCCGAGUGCUACAAUUACAACUGGCUGAUUGACGAUGAACCUGCCAAAACUACAGAAAACACAGAGAUGGUUUACUUUGAAAAUGGACGCAGGCAUCUGCUGCUGCUGAAGAACCUAACUCCCCAGGACAGCUGCAGGGUGACUUUUAUGUGCAGCGACGCAGUGACCUCAGCCUUCCUGACGGUGAAAGGGUGGCGCCUACAGAUCUUGCAGCCUCUCACAGAUGUGGAAGUCCCUCUGGGGGAGAAAGCUACAUUUAGCUGCGUUCUAAGUGAAGCUGUGCCAAUUACUGAAGUUGCCUGGUAUAGUAAUGACAUAGAGAUCCAUUCGGAUGAGGACUGGGAGAUACAAGCAGAUGGAAACAAAUACAAACUUAUUCUGAAAAAAGCCCAACCACAUCAUUCUGGAGAGGUGACCUUUGCUUCCAGGGAAGCAAUUGCUUCAGCCAAGUUAUCAGUGAUAGCCCACCCCGAUCCACCUGAAGAACCAGAAGUUUUAAGUAAGAACAGCCACUCUGUAACUCUGUCUUGGUACAAGCCGUUGAGUGACGGUGGUUGUGACAUCCUAGGCUACAACGUGGAGAGGAAAAUCCCAGGUAUUGGCUGGCAGUCAUGCAGCAAAGGUGUUAUUCAAAAUACGGAGUUUAUAGUGGACAAUCUCACCCCAGGGGAACCCUACAGAUUCCGCGUCUCAGCUAUAAACAAAGUUGGGGCCAGCGAGCCGGUGCACUUCCCUCAGAUGGUGCGGCUAGGUGAGAAUGGAGAGAUGCCCCCAUGGAGGACUGCAAGCUGCUGUAGACCUUUCUCAGAAGGGGAGGUGGCUCGCUUGGAGUGCAAAUUAUCAAGUGACACCGAAGAGAAAGUGACUUGGUUCAAAGGAAAAGAACAAAUACAAGCUGGAGGGAGAUACGAGAUCCUCUCCCAUGGAAAAAAGCAGAUACUCAUUAUUCAUGCAUUUAAACCUGAAGAUCAGGACACAUACACCUGCAUGGUUUCUCCAGAAUCAGUGUGUCCCAGAGGGGAAGCACCCCCUGUAAGCCAACCAGAAGAGCUGGUGGAUGGCCGUGUCCAGCCCAGCUUGCCCCCUGAGGCUGCUCAGGAGGGAGACCUUCACCUCCUGUGGGAGGCCCUGGCCAAGAAACGCCGGAUGAGCCGGGAGCCCACCUUGGAUUCUAUCAGUGAGUUGCCUGAAGAAGAUGAGAAGCUUCAGAAGUUGAAGAAGGAGGAAGCAGAGAUGUCUCACUAUUACUCAGAGGAAUACUCCACAUGUGAUGAGCUAGCUAGGACAGGAGAAGCAGAUUUCUCUUUCACAAGCUCAGAUGAUGAGUCUAGAGCUGGAACUCCUUCACUGGUGAACUACCUCAAGAAAGCUGGGAAGACAAGUAAAUCCAGCGUGGAGACUGUUGUGGCUGCCCCAGCUGCUAAGCCAGCUGAACCAGAAAUGCCAGAUUUAGAUGAUCCUUCCAUGAACAAGGCCGCUGUGAAGAUCCAGGCUGCUUUCAAAGGCUACAAAGUCAGGAAAGAGAUCAAGCAACAGGAGUGUCCAGUGUUUACUGAGACCUUCAAAGAUUUCUCUGGUGAGCCUGGAAGCACUCUCCACCUUGAGUGUGUGGCCCACAGCAAAACUGACAUGAAGGUCCGUUGGCUGAAAGACGGGGAAGAGCUUUCAGAUGGUCGUUACUAUCACAUAGACAAUUACAGUGAUGGGACCUGCUCUUUGAUUAUCACUGGCCUGGACAGGAAAGAUGCGGGUAAAUACACCUGUGAGGCAUCCAAUAAAUUUGGUAGGGUUGCACACAGUGCUAAGGUGGUUAAACAAAGCACUGACAGUGAGACAGAGAGCUCAUCUGGCAGUGAGCUGGAUGAUGCUUUCCGUAAAGCAGGAAGGAGACUUCAUAGACUCUUCAGGGCCAAGAUCUCAACAGAGAUCUCUGACGUGGAGGAAGAGCUCUUUGUCAGUGCGGAUGAAGGAGACAUAGAGGUAGUCGACCAUCAGACGUAUCGUGAGGAUGACCAGUACAUCUACAUCAAGUUUGAAGUCUUGUCUGAGGCAAAAUCUGCUGCCACUCGAUUCAGAGAGAUGUUUGGUGCUCUGGGAAUUCCUGUGGAGAUUGACAUUUUGGAACAAGGCCCUAAAAAAAUUGAACUGCGUAUUGGGAAAGCAGCACCACCCACCCAUGGGAAGUUUGCACCACCAGCAGUGAGACCUCCACCGCCUUUGCUGACUUCUGAUACAGCUCCCAUGUUCAUGACUGAGCUCCAAAACCAAGAGGUACAAGACGGAUAUCCAGUCAGUUUUGACUGCAUGGUCGUUGGCAAACCGCUCCCCACGGUUCGCUGGUUCAAGGAUGGGAAGGCGAUUGAGGAAAACGAUCAUUACAUGAUCAACGAGGACCAGGAAGGGUGCCAUCAGCUGAUCAUCACAGCUGUGGUCCCCACUGACAUGGGUGUUUACCGUUGCCUUGCUGAAAACAACAUGGGAGUGGCUUCAACCAAGGCUGAGCUUCGAGUGGACUUGACCAGCACUGACUAUGAGACAGCAGCAGAUGCAACAGAGACGUCUUCUUACUACAGCGCCAAAGAAUAUAUUUCAAGCCGAGAACAGGAGGAAUCUACCACUGAGGAGGAGCAAUUGCCCCAGAUCUUUGAUGAGCUUCAUGAUAUUCAUGUGGCACCUGGAGCAUCACUGGCUAAAUUUCACCUGAAGGUGAAAGGGUACCCACAGCCUCGCCUCUAUUGGUUCAAAAAUGGACAGCCGUUAAAGGUUUCGGAUCGCAUCCUGAAGACUGAUAAACAGGAAUUCCACUCGCUGGAAAUUCGUGACGUCACUAAGGCGGACGCUGGCCAGUACUCUAUAUUUGUCAUCAACUCUGCUGGUUCUGCAUAUUCAUCGGCCAGGCUGGUAGUCAAAGAUCCUUAUGAGAAAGAAGAGCCAUCAGAAGCAGAUGCCCAUGAGCAGCUGAUACCACCAAGGUUCCUAGAAAGAUUCACUAAUAAAAAGGUGAAAAAAGGCGCAAGCAUCACGUUAUCUGUGAAAGUUGAAGGACAUCCACCACCAACUAUUACUUGGCUGAAAGAACACUCUCGGGAAGAUAUCCUGUGGAUCAAACCAGACACUCCUGGGUAUAAACUUGCCAGUUCAAAUAUGCAUCACAGUCUAAUCCUCUUGGAUGUUAAAAAGAAGCACAGUGGAGCUUAUACCUGCAUUGCCACCAACAAGGCUGGCCAGUCCAUCUGCACCGCCACCCUGGAAGUUGCAGAUGAGGCUGAAGUUCUGACCCAGGAGCGUGUGAUGGUGUCAGAAGCCAUCAUGACCACACUGGGUGAGGGUACCACCCUGCAAAACUCUUCUCAAGCAAUAAAAACUCCUCCUUUUCCAGGAGACCUUGAAGCUGUUAGAGAAGGUGUACCCAAAAGCCCUAUUUCAUUAGCUGAUGUUGGCUCAGAAGAGUUCUUCCAGAAACUCACUUCUCGUAUCUCAGAAAUGGUGUCUGCAAAAAUAAGCCAGGCUACACUUAGAGUGCCAGGUGCAGAAAGUGAUGAUGAAUCAAAAACUCCCUCUGCAUCUCCUCGCCAUGGACGGUCCAGACCUUCAUCCAUUGCUCAGGAGUCCUCCUCUGAAUCUGAAGACGGGGAUUCCAGAGGAGAGAUCUUCGACGUCUACAUGGUCACAGCUGACUACGUGCCAGCUGCACCUGACAGGGAGACCAUCACUUUGAAGGAAGGCCAAUAUGUGGAAGUCCUUGAUUCAGCUCAUCCUCUGAAGUGGCUGGUCAGGACUAAACCCACGAAAUCUAGCCCCUCUCGACAGGGUUGGGUAUCUCCAGCUUAUCUGGACAAGAAAUUAAAG